AUGGCAGACUCCGAACCAGAGGCAGAUACCGCAGGCCCGGUUGACCUGGUGUCCCCUACUUCACCACCUCUUUAUUCUCCAGCCAAGCGACUCCGGUCAUUUGUUUGGGAGUUUUUUGGCUACCCAAAACAACAGGAUGGAACUAUAGAGGACGACGGAGAGCCGACUUGCAAACUGUGCAACAAAAAAAUAGUUGCAAGAUCGGCCAAUACAUCGAACAUGAUGUCCCAUCUCCGCGAGUGGCAUAAAAAAGAAUAUGCACAGCUCAAAUCCAAGCAGGAGGCGGAUAGAGCUACUAGGAGUAGGAUGUCAGCGAGUCAGACCAAAAUCCAAGAGUCUUUUGCCAAGGUGGUCGAACAACCUGGAUUCCUAGCCCUGAUGAAGAAAGUGGCCCCACAUUACAAUGUACCAAGUGGAGUUCACUUUGGCAAUAAAGAGAUUGAGAAAAUGUACAACGAAUUACGAGCAACUGUGCAAGAGAAGGUGUCAGAUGGGGUGUGGUUUGCAGCGACCACAGACCUGUGGACCAGCAGCUGUGGAGGCGGUGAACCAUACGUUAGUUUUACCAUCCAUUAUCUCUCCUCCGAAUGGAAGCUGAUGGCUCACUCCUUAGAAACCAUGUACUUUCCUGAAGACCACACACAUGCCAAUAUUAUUGAGAUGGUAGAGAAUUUGCUCAAUGCUUGGAACAUUAAGAUGGAAAACAUUGUCUGCUUCACAACAGAUAGUGGCUCCAACAUGAAGAAGGCGUUUGAAGAGAGCCCUGGUGAGUGGUUAAGCUGCUUUGGCCAUAACCUCAACCUGGCCAUUAAUAAGACUAUGAAAAUCCGGAGAGUGGAGGAUGCCGUCAGGUCCUGCAGAAAGGUGGUGGAAGCCUUUUCACGAAGUUGGAAAAAGAAACGGGAGUUCAAGCAAAAGCAGAAAGACCUGGGGGGCACUACUAGCCAAUGUAGCCAUUCUCUGAUCCAUGAUGUGGUAACCAGGUGGGGCUCCACCUUUGAAAUGCUGUCAAGAUUCCUGGAGCAGAAGGAGGCCGUCUCCUCUGUUUUGACUGCAGACAGGAACUCACGCCAUCUCAUGCCCAAUGCCCUUGCCUCAGAAAAAAGGGUCAUCAUAUCAGCCCUGAAACCUGUCAUGGACCACAUCGCCACAGAGAUCCUGCUAGAUUGUGACGAAGAUUCUGCUCUCACCAAACAAAUGAAGCUGGCAAUCAAAGAUGACUUGGAAGCACGGUAUUCAGAAAAUCAUCUGCGAAUCAUGGAUCUCUGUUGUUUCCUCGAUCCAAGAUUCCAGGCUAGGUUCUCUGCCAAUGUUGAAGACACAAAGAGGAUCUGCAUUGAAGAGGCCAUGAAGUUCAUUCAUCCCACAGCUGCACCACCAGGGCCUGCACCAGGAGAAGCUCCUAUGGACACGGCAGGGUCUUCAAGCGGUGAGAGACGAGCCAGCAUGAAAACACUUUCUGGUAUCCUGAAGCACAUCACCACCACACGAGCAACAAGACAGGAUGACAAUCCUGCUGCAGGUGGAUUCAUGCCAGCAUCCCAGAGCCCAGAGCAGAGGGUGACAAUGGAAAUCAACCUAUACAUGUCCCUGCAACCCCUCAAUGCAGAUGAUGAUCCCCUGGAGUGGUGGAAUUCCAACAAAAAUCAGUUUCCACUUCUAGCUAAUGUAGCAAAGAAAUUCUUAUGCGUCCCCGCCAUCUGA